AAACACACAGCCAUCCUAAUCAGGCAUUUAUAGCAAGAGGAGUCUCAGCCAGUUUCACUUCAGCAAGUUGGCUUCAUUUCUAUUUGCAAACACAAGCUUCACUCAAGUGGCACUAAAAAGAAAAGAAAGGGCGGUUGGGGAACAAGCUGUAUAAAGAGAGGAGUCAUUCUACCAUCAGGGUAAAACAGAGAUUUGUGUCUGGAAGAUUCUAACACCAGCUGAACUGAUAGAAAGGAAUUAUUUUGAAAGGUUCCUAGAAAUCGACUUUGUUUCAUUUUACUUAACAUCUUUAGAGACCUCAACAGCUCGUUCAUUUGUUGCUUUGUUUCAGUUCUGGAAUUUGGACGUGUUCUUUGGUUUUAAGCCGCAUUAAAUUUGUAACAAGUGGGUCAGGCAUUUCAUACUUGGUUUCCAAAAGAAAAAAAGAAGAAGAAAAAAUCCCCCACCAUUACAUAAAAAGGAUGUGGAAGCACAGGCACUGAAGAGUUCACCCUGGAAUUUCUUCAAAGUUCAGAGCUACUGAUAAGGCCGCACCUCAGUUCUCAAAUGAGGCAGGAACAAGAUUUCUUUGGUUAUUACAGACAAGUGCAUCUUGAAGAAUUGGUACACCUGCUAUUUUUUGUUGUUGUUUUUUUUGCGCCAGGGUAUGACAAAAGAUAAAAUAAGCUGUGUACUACUGCAGAGUUUUUUUUAAAGAAACUUUUUAAAAUGAUGUUUCUCUUUUCCACAUUUUUGCCUGUUGUUUUUAAAAUGAGUAUUAUCGAUCUGUCAAUUCAGGAGAUCAGAAUCUGCCCCAGAGGAUACCAAAUGGGGAAGGAAAAUUCCUCUUGCUUUGAUAUUGACGAAUGUCUGGAAGGUAGGAUUCAGAUUUGUAGCCAAAAUUGCCUCAAUGUUCCUGGAUCCUUUAUCUGUUCCUGUAUGCCAGGCUAUUCUUUGGGAGACGACAAGAGGUCUUGUCAUGUAAGCGAUCCUGUACCAUUCCUAGUUUUCAGCCAAGGAAAUGCGAUCUAUAGAAUAGAUGUAGAAGGAACCAAUCACCAAAGACUGGUAGCUGAUGUUGGCUUAUCAGCAUUAAUUGAUUACCAUUAUGAAGCAAAGUAUCUUUAUUGGGUGGACAAAGAAAAAUGUCUUCUCCAACGUGUACAUUUGGAUGGUUCAGAUCAAGAGACCAUCUGCUCCAUAAAAAAGGAUGUCACUGGAUUUGCAAUAGAUUGGAUAAAUCAAGGCAUUUAUUUGGCUCACUCCCAAGGAGCUAUUGAAGUAAUCAGCUUGGAUGGAAACAAUUCUCGAAUACUUAUAAAGAACAAUCACAAUCCUACAAGUAUAGAAGUUGACCCAAGUCAAAGGUUUUUAUUUUGGUCUACUGAAGGGAUUUUUGAUAGCAUCUAUCGAGCAGAUCUGGUUGGAAAUAAAAUACGGAGAGUUCUAAGGAGCACAGAAAAAAUCAAAACCAUUUCCUUGGACUUUAUCAAUGUGAAGCUGUUCUGGAUACAGCAUGACACCAUUAAUGAAAUUUCAUAUUUUGGAACCUGUGACUACAAUGGGCAUUUUAUCAAGCUAUACAGACAAAUGGGACGAAGUAAAGCUUAUGACAUAUUUAUCUUUGGUGACCAUAUAUACUAUUCUGACUCAAGGACCGGAACUAUUCGGAGAGCCAACAAAUACACUGGAAAGGAUAUUGUUGUGCUUAACUUGAAACAACCAUUUCCUCAACCUACUGAGAUAUUGGUGGUGCACCCAUUAAAACAGAUUGGCAAAAGGAUGGAUUCUAAAGGACUUGAUAUCAAUGAAUGUGCAUUAUGGAAUCAUGGCUGUACCUUGGGCUGCGUGAAUAUCCCUGGAUCCUAUUAUUGCACAUGUCCAAAAGAUUUUAUUCUCUUGUCUGAUAAGAAAACGUGCUAUGAACUGAUUUCCUGUUCAAGCAAUUAUAUUCGCUGCAGUUAUGAUUGUGGACAGACACCCGAAGGGCCUAUUUGCUUUUGUCCUGAAGGAUCAGUUCUCCAAGCCGAUGGAAAAACAUGUUCAGGUUGUACAUCACCUGAUAAUGGUGGUUGUAGCCAGAUUUGUACAUCUUUGAGUCCAACAACCUGGGAUUGUGGUUGCUUUCCUGGCUUUGAUCUCCAGGAGGACAAAAGACAUUGUGCUGCUUUAAGACCAAAGCCGUUUCUGUUGUUUGCGAACAGUCAAGAUAUCCGUAGCAUUGCUUUUGAUGGGACGGAAUACUCAAGAGUCCUUGGCUGGCAGAUGGGAAUAGUCUUAGGUCUGGACUGGGAUCCGAUGGAAAGUAAGAUUUAUUUUACCCAUACAGACCUGAACUGUAUAGAGAGAUCUGAUCUGGAUGGCACCAAUCGUGAAAAAGUUAUAUGUGACGCAAGUGAAAGACCAGAAGGAUUAGCAUUGGAUUGGAUUAAUCGCAAAUUGUACUGGACUGACUCCAGGAAAUGUAGCAUUGAAAGUAGUAAUCUAAAUGGAAUGCAGAGAAAAAUAAUCAUCCAGGAGAAGGCGUUCCAUCCUCAAGGAAUUGCUGUUCAUCCAUUUACCAGGGAACUGUUUUGGACAAACCUAGGGAUCAAUCCACAUAUUGGAAAAUCUACUUUACAAGGCUCAGAGCGUGUCAUUAUAGCAAAUUCAGACUUACUUUGGCCCAGUGGAAUAACUAUUGACUACGCUGAGGACAAGCUGUACUGGUGUGAUGCCAAAAUGUCUGUUAUUGAAACUGCAAACCUGGAUGGUUCUAACCGCCAAAUACUUACACAGAAUGAUGUAGGCUAUCUCUAUGGCAUAACGGUUUUUGAGCAUCACGUUUGGGUAUCUGACUGGACUAGGCCUUCAUUACUGAGAAUAGAGAAGAAAAAUGGCCUCAAGAAGAUACGCCUUGGAGGAAGCAUGCUGAGACCUUCUUCACUGCUUGUUCUUCACCCUUUAGCCAAACCAGGCCGUAUCUCUACAUACAAGGAAGAUGCAGUAGGAAAGGAAAUGUUUGCUGGAGAAAUAUCAUCCCAGCAUCUUCUGAUUAACAGCAAAUAUGGUGAUAGCCAUGGGGAUGAUCGAGAGAAGCAACAGACACUGACUGCUGAAAUUGUGGUGUCUAAUCAGGACAACUGUACACCAUUGGGUUGUGAUCUCAAUUCUCAAUGCAUUGCACAUCAAAAUGGUGCUGUGUGUGAGUGCCAGACAGGGUUCAUCAUAGAAGAUCAACUGUGCCAUGAUGUUGAUGAAUGCCUUCUUAACAAAGAACAGUGCAAUCAGAACUGGUCUAGAUGUAUCAAUACCGAAGGAAGCUACUUCUGUGAGUGCCUUUUGGGUUAUGCUGAAGAUGGACUUCAUUGUUCUGAAUCUGUCAUCGCUCCUUCUAUUGUAACCAGGGAUGACUCUACAUUAUCUGAAAAAGAAGGUCCUAUGGACUGCUCACCAUCAUACUGUUUCCAUGAGGGAGUUUGCAUUUAUUUUUCAGAUCUGCAGACUUUUGCAUGCAACUGUGCGAAAGGCUACCUGGGAGACCGCUGCCAGUUUAGUGACUUGGAGUGGUGGGAACAACAACGUGAGAUGCAGAUUAAGAAGCAAAACAUCGCAACUGCUGCAGUCUUGGCUGCGCUGUUCUUGGUCCUGCUCCUUGGAGUGGCUGCCUUCUACUUCUAUAGGAGACAACAGAGAUUUUCCAAGAGAGAACCCUAUGCAGAAGACAGAAUAGCUGCUGACAUGAGCUGCAGCAGCACUCCUACUAGCCCUAAAAAUGAAGACACGAAGCUGCCAACUAUUAACCCCUCGGUAAUUCUAUAGUAACAAGAGUAAUGCAAAACAACGGAGAGAUCAAAGGAUAUCAGAGAUUCACUUGAGAUUAUCCAUCAAAUACUUCAUUUAUUAAAUAUAUUAAAUAACCAUUGGGAGGGCUAUCAAGUAUUUUUCUAUGGACCCAAAGUUCUUCUUAGCUCAUUGUUAUGUGAUCCUUCAAAGUUCACAGCUGCCUGAAUACAUUGCAAGCAAGUGACAGUGUUAUUGUUAGCUGUGCACAAACAGUUGGAGGGAUGUUCUAAAUUAAAGAAUGCCAACAUGAUGACAUGACCGAUUCACAUUGCAGAGAUGAAAAUGAACUUUGUUUCCUAGAGACCACUGCUGGCUGGCUCUUCUUUCCGUGUUGAGGGGCCUAGCAAUGCUUAAUCCCAUCUCCCGCCAUUAUUACCAGCUGAACAGUUGGAAGGAAAGUGCAGAAUCCCAGUCCAAGAUUUUGCAAGCUACUUACGACAUUUGGCCUGGAGGGGAAAUGCUUUUGGAUGUAUUUGGGCAACUGAACAGUGAAAGAAAAGAAUGAGAAACUGGAUCUCAUGAUCUCAUUCAUUGUACUUCACACGGACAACAAUUUAUUUCAUUGAAAAUAAUAAAUGGAACAAUGCAGAAUUAAUCAGCUAACAGAGUUGUGUUCCCUAUUUGCAUUUUUCCCCUGUUUACUACAAACUCAAGUGAAAAAGCCCAGCAUGUAAACGUCUAAACUAAAACAAGAAAAGUGCAUUAAAACCACAGCUAUCCUUCUAUUUCAGACUGCUCUAAAUAAAGAUGUCCUUAAGAGCACUUGUUGCUACAAUUAAUCCCAGCAUCUUGUGUCAUUUUCAUUGAGUUUUAAUGUUUAUUAGAUAAAUAAAUAUUGGACCGAGUUGAUUAAAUCAAAUCUUAUUUAAUCUUCAGUAACAUUCUUUUCACUGUUUUUUUCUCAUCUCGUGUAAGGAUCAGCUUUGUGAAGUUAUACACAAUGAUCAGUAGAAUCCAAAUUUAUUUAUUUGGUUUAUUUCUUGUCGUUCUGUUUUGUUGAAGAAGCUAACGAAAUGUAAGUAAAGUAAAUAUUAAAGCUACAAUCAAAUAAAUGCAAAAUCAUUUUAAAAAUUAAAACCUGGUGAAAGAGAUAUAUCUGUGGAGUUCUUGGGGCUUUUUGAGUUUGAAUGCUUGCUUGAGGAUAUUUUCUUACCCAAGUAGGUAACAGCAUCACUGCAAAUGAGGAUGGGAUUUGCUACCUGUUUAUGUUUGCUAGUAGUAGUAGAGGUGUGGCUUCCUGCUUGAUGUUUCCUUGAUCAAAGUAUUAUUUUAUACAUGAUUGUUUGUUUGAUAUUGAUCCUUGUUUAUGUGAUUAUGCACUGCUGGAGGGAAUGUGUUCUUUUUGUUUCCUUCCUAGGUUUUUUUGUGUCUCUUGCGUAUGAUGUAUAGAUGUGGUUUAUCUCUAUGUGCCUCUUGGUGCCUGAUUUAUCUGACUGCCAAACAUCCAAGACUUCCUAGCAUUUUGGAUCUGUAUUCAUUCAUUCAUUUUAUCUGGCUGUCAACUCAGGGGUGAAAUGCUCCUGGUUCGGACCGGAUCGCCCGAUCCGGGAGUGAUGGAGGUGGGUGGUUCGGAGAACCGGUAGCAAAAAUCCCUGCCCCGGCCCCCCAUGCCCAGCUGAGCUGCACAAUCAUCAGAGGCUUUUUUUUUUACUUUUUAAAGCAUUUUUUCUACAACCUCUUUGGCUGAAAACUCUUUUUUUCUUUUUUUCAGGCAACUCAGUUGGGAUCGUCAGAGCCUUUUGAAAGCAUUAUUUUACAACCUCUUCGCCAAAGAGGUUGUAGAAAAAAAUGGUUUUAAGAGAAAAAAAAAUUGGCCAUGCCCACCCAGUCACAUUACCCCCCCACCAAGCCACGCCCACAGAACUAGUAGUAACAAAUUUUAGAUUUCACCACUGCAUCAAUUCACAUACCAACUGUAAGUCACAAUCAUUAAAAUGAAAAUAAAAAACUAGGUUAGAAAAAAGCAACAAAAUACAUUGAACCAGUGUAAUAACAAUUGAACUCAAAAUACAGGAAAUCCUCAAUUUACGGCAGUUCAUUUCGUGAUGGUUCAAAGUUACAAUGGUACUGAAAAAAGUGACUUGUAACCAUUUUUCACACUAAUGACCGUUGCAGCAUCCCUGUGGUCACAUGAUCAAACUUUGGCAACUGGCAUGUAUUUAUGACAGUUGUAGUGUGGUGGGAUCAUAUGAUCCCCUUUUGCGAUCUCCUGACUAGCAAAGUCAAUGGGGAAGCCAUAUUCACUUAAUAAUUGUGUUACUAACUUAACAACUGCAGUGAUUCACUUAACAACUAUAGCAAGAAAAGUCUUAAAAUGGAGUAAAACUCACUUAAAAACUCUCUCAUUUAGCAAUGGUAACUUUGGGCUUAAUUGUGGUCAUAAGUCUAAAACUACCUGUACAGAAGCUGGCCUCACCAAUGCUCUGUUCCAAUCCAUGGGAGAAGAAUCAGUGUUCCAUGAAAAGCCAACAGGAAUGGGAUUGUCCUAAUCUCAAGGGAUAUGUUUUUUCCCUAUAGGGAAGAUAUUGUGACAGAGAAAAUAUCCUUCCUGCAUCCCAUAAAAUGACACUGUUUAAUUGAGAGGAAAUAUAAUAUGCCCACCCUUUCUCAUCUGACUAAGAAGUUCUCACUUCCACAUCAUAUCAGUCCCUAUUUUACCCACUUUCUUUGGUUAACUUUUAGUAUUCAAUGUUUUAGUAAUUAAAUGUUUUAAGACAUGGGUGUCAGACUUGCGGCGUGAUGUUGCCGUCACGUGACAUAUCACAAAUCUUUUCCUCUUCGCGGAGCUGGGGUGGGUGCAGCCUGCAUGUGACAGUUUGACACCCUGUUUUAAGAUGAGAUAAAAGACAAGAAGGGGGUCAAGUGAUAUCAUGCAUGUCAUGAUGUUAUCACACAAACGACUUUAUUUAUUUGCAUGCUUUCAAACUUCCAGGAGCUGGGAGCAAGUAACAGGAGCUUACCCCAUUGCGUAGCAUUCAAGUCUCAAACCCAGGCUGUCAGCUUUCUAUCUGACAAGCUCAGCAUCUGUAAUCCACUGAGCCAUCACGCCCCCAUGUGGUUCAUAUCUUGACACAAUUAUCAUGGGUUUUAUAUUGGAUUAUUUCUUUGGUGCAAUGUGUUUACUGCCGUUGUUUUUGUAACUCUUUGGUUAGUUUGAUGUAUGGUUUUUAAUCCUUUUAUUAGAGAAGGUUUGAUAAGCCAGAGUGGCAUGUAAGUCAUAGUACGUAAAUGAACACAGUAACUAAAAUUGUGUAAUGUACAUAAAUUGUGUGAUGACAUGUUGUGCCGAAUGUCAUAAAUCUCCUAAUGGCGUCUACUGGAUGUCUGUGAAUGCUAUGUUUCUCUGCAUUAUUAAACCUUUUAACUCGUAA